AUCCAUGGACAUAUACGCAUAUGCAUGCAUCCACCGACUGAAACAGCAUGCACACCCAUCCCAUGCAUGCACAUCACUCAUCAGCAAUCGCUAGCUAGCUCACACAUCGAUCACAAAGCCUGCCUAUUUAAGGAGCAACAUUCCAUUGCAAUCUCCUCACCAGCUAGCACUUGCUCACUCACUGCAUCCCAAAAGCUAUCAGUCACCUACGAGCAUCAGCACAUAUAUCACAGGAGGUCGAUCGAGAUCGACAUGGCUCGCAGCAUGAAGCUUGCUGUGGCGAUCGCCGUCGUGGCGGCGGUGGUGCUGGCGGCGACGACCUCGGAGGCCGCCGUGACAUGCGGUCAGGUGAGCUCCGCCAUCGGGCCCUGCCUGUCCUACGCCCGCGGCCAGGGCUCUGGACCCUCCGCAGGCUGCUGCAGCGGCGUCAGGAGCCUCAACUCCGCCGCCCGCACCACCGCCGACAGGCGCGCCGCCUGCAACUGCCUCAAGAACGCCGCCCGUGGCAUCCGCGGCCUCAACGUCGGCAAGGCCGCCAGCAUCCCCUCCAAGUGCGGCGUCAGCAUCCCCUACACCAUCAGCACCUCCACCGACUGCUCCAGGGUGAGCUAAACCGAAACGACGACCUGAUGAUCGUCGAUCGAUGAUCCAUUCCGCCGCCGUCGUCGGCGCCGGAGCAUCGACGACGACCAUGCUUGAGUCUCUAUCUAUCUACGGGUGAUGAUGAGUUGUCUACUAUAUAUACUGCUACGUCGUAUACUGAAUAAAAAAUCUCUCCGUAUGUACGUCCGUGUCGUACGUGUGUGUGAGAGAGAUGUCCUUUGGCUUGUUGUUUC